AUGGCCAACCAUAACGAGAAGUCAGAAACCGAGAGAAAAGCGCAACGCCGCAGAGACAAACGGACUGAACGCCGCUUUCUCACAAGGAACAAUAUCAAUAAUACAUCAUCAUCCUCCAGCGAGAACGAAGCACCAGCAAGAAUGCCCCAGACUAAUGGUAAACCGUCGUCGGCGGCGGCUCCAAUCCUGGACCACAACCUAAGGGACGCCAUUGUCAAAUUGUUAUCCGCUAAGGAAACUUUCGUGCACCUGUCCCAUGUCGUUGGUCUUCUGGAAUACGUGAGAGGCAGCGCGGCCUGCGCAGCGCUUACUUUUCAGCCUGAGAUUGAGCUCAAAGCAGAGAAUGAGCGUCUGCGCCAUACAGUGAAUGAAUUCAAGCAAGUCAUCGAGCAACAAAAGGUGCAGGAACUGACUGCAAGAUGCCACACCUUGGAAGCGGCAAUAUCGGACCAGCAAGACUUGCAACGCAAAGCAGACCGGGAACAACAGCAUUUGAUUAAUGAACGGCAGAAAUUAGAUAGUGAGCGAGCGCAAAUGAAGGCUGAACUCACGGGAGAGUUGGAGAAAAAGAAAAAGGAGUAUCAAGCCGGCUUUCAGAAGAAGCUCAAAGACGCAGAGAGAAAUAUAGAAAGGCUUGAAAAGUCGAAUCGGGAUUUGGAAGCAAAAAAGCAAAAGGCACAUGAUCAGCUGGAAAACCUGAAAGCAGGUAAUGAAGCCCUGAUGUCACAAGUGAGGGAGCUGAAAUCAGAGCUGCACAAGGAAAAAGAAAAGUUUCUUGUGGAGAGCAGGGGUAUUGACUUCUAUCAAGACAAGUUUGAAGGAUUACGGCAAGAGCUGGAGAGGUUGAUAGUAGAUCACAUUACGGGGCCCAUGAAUGAUGAUCAAAUAAACUCAGUGGAGAGAGAACAUCUUGAAGACCAAGAAGUCUUCAAAUUUGUCCCCAAAAGAAGAACACCGGUGGCCCAAUACCUUUGGAGGCGCGGAGCACAGUCUUAUAUCAUUUCCCAGCUAUGUGGCAGAGUCUGGCAAUCUUUUCCCUUCCAUGAAGUCAACGAGUCGACUCUGCCUAACAAAUCAAAGGCUGCCUUUGACGCUAUAUCUGAUAAAUUGAAGGACAUUAAUGCCGAGAACGAGGCUGUUUGGCGGAGUAUCACCUACAAGGCAAUGAGCAGAUUAUCAGCAGAAAUUAGCAGUAGCAAGGCAGAGGAAGAAGAGAAGGAUAUAGCAAGACAUGUCGUCAAGACUCUCGCACCGAUUAUCGCACCAUCCAACAAGGAGAGCUUUGAGGCGAAGCUGGGCGAGAUUGUCCGUGAAGCAUCCAGUUUGUGGGCUGCUGUCAAGACUGACAAGUUGCGAAUCUCGCUCUCCGAACAGCCACCGAGUCAAGCAAGUCCUGAACAGUCAUGGCUACCGGGGUCAUUAGACGGGUCAUUGGAGGAGGUUGAAAGCCCGCAGGACAUUUCCAUCAGCCAUGCCCGUUCACUCUGCCUUUUUCCUGCUGUCAAGGCAAGUGACGAUGCUUCAAAGGAAGACAUAGUUAUCCAGCCUGGGUACGCUCUUUUCUCAGACAGCACUGCGUUUGCGCUGGGAAACAAGGAGCAGCAAGAGUACGCCAGAGAAGAGAGAGAGCUGCGAUAUAAUCUCCGCAGAAAUAGCGCGACCUCGCAGCUUUAUGAAGCAGCUCAAAACAAAAAGGUCGUGGAACCGACGAGCUGA